UGCAGCGUCCAGCUGCGGGACCCAACUCGAGCCGAGCCGACUGCGGGAGCGGCGCGAGCCCUCUCCGCCCGGGGGCCCGGCCCCGCAACUCCGCAGCACAUGGUGAUGAGUUUCCGAGUGUCUGAGCUCCAAGUGCUGCUUGGCUUCGCUGGCCGGAACAAGAGUGGACGCAAACACGAGCUCCUGGCCAAGGCCCUGCACCUCCUCAAGUCUAGCUGUGCCCCCAGUGUCCAGAUGAAGAUCAAAGAGCUUUACCGCCGGCGCUUUCCCCGGAAGACCCUGGGGCCUUCUGAUCUCUCUCUGCUGGCUCUGCCCCCUGGCACCUCUCCUGUAGGCCCUCCUGGCGCCCUAACUCCCAUUCCUCCCGCCCUUCUAACCCCCGGCACCUUGCUGGGCCCUAAGCGCGAGGUGGACAUGCACCCUCCUCUGGCCCAGCCUGUGCACCCCGAUGUCACCAUGAAACCACUGCCCUUCUACGAAGUCUACGGGGAACUCAUCCGGCCCACCACCCUCGCAUCCACCUCCAGCCAGAGGUUUGAGGAAGCACACUUUACCUUUGCUCUCACGCCCCAGCAGGUGCAGCAGGUCCUCACGUCCAGGGAGGUUCUGCCAGGAGCCAAGUGCGAUUAUACCAUCCAGGUGCAGCUGAGGUUCUGUCUCUGUGAGACAAGCUGCCCCCAGGAGGACUAUUUCCCCCCUAACCUGUUUGUCAAGGUUAAUGGGAAACUCUGCCCCCUGCCGGGUUACCUCCCCCCAACCAAAAAUGGAGCUGAGCCCAAGAGGCCCAGCCGUCCCAUCAACAUCACACCCCUGGCUCGACUCUCAGCCACUGUUCCCAACACCAUCGUGGUGAACUGGUCGUCUGAGUUUGGACGGAAUUACUCCUUGUCUGUGUACCUGGUGAGGCAGCUGACUGCAGGGACCCUUCUACAAAAACUCAGAGCGAAGGGUAUCCGGAACCCGGACCAUUCCCGGGCACUGAUCAAGGAGAAGUUGACCGCCGACCCUGACAGUGAGGUGGCCACCACAAGUCUCCGGGUGUCACUCAUGUGCCCGCUAGGGAAGAUGCGGUUGACCGUCCCGUGCCGGGCCCUCACCUGCGCCCACCUGCAGAGCUUCGACGCUGCCCUUUAUCUGCAGAUGAAUGAAAAGAAGCCAACGUGGACAUGUCCCGUGUGUGACAAGAAGGCGCCCUAUGAGUCUCUCAUUAUUGAUGGUCUAUUCAUGGAAAUUCUUAAUUCCUGUUCGGACUGUGAUGAGAUCCAGUUCAUGGAAGACGGAUCCUGGUGUCCAAUGAAACCCAAGAAGGAGGCAUCUGAGGUUUGCCCCCCGCCAGGGUAUGGGCUGGAUGGCCUCCAGUAUAGCCCAGUCCAGGAGGGAAAUACGUCAGAGCAUAAGAAGAAGGUCGAGGUCAUUGACUUGACAAUAGAGAGCUCCUCAGACGAAGAAGACGUACCUCCCCCCAAGAAGCACUGCCCUACCGCCUCGGCUGCCAUCCCAGCCCUCCCUGGGAGUAAAGGGGUCCUGACAUCUGGUCACCAGCCGUCUUCGGUGCUGCGGAGUCCUGCAAUGGGCACGCUGGGCAGUGAUUUCCUGUCUAGUCUCCCACUACAUGAGUACCCACCAGCUUUCCCACUGGGGGCUGACAUCCAAGGUUUAGAUUUAUUUUCUUUCCUCCAGACUGAGAGUCAGCACUAUGGCCCUUCCGUCAUCACCUCGCUAGAUGAACAGGACACCCUCGGCCACUUCUUCCAGUUCCGAGGAACCCCUUCUCACUUCCUGGGCCCACUGGCCCCCACCCUGGGGAGCUCUCACCGCAGCUCCACUCCAGCGCCCCCUCCUGGCCGUGUCAGCAGCAUUGUGGCUCCUGGGAGUUCCUUGAGGGAAGGGCCUGGAGGACCGCUGCCAUCAGCUCCCUCUCUGACUGGCUGUCGGUCAGAUGUCAUUUCCUUGGACUGAGUUAUUUGGAUUCUGAAACCUUCAUUGGUCCCCUGCACUGAGCAGAUAUGCUAUGGGUUCCCAACCCCUGGCUGUUCUGAUUCCUCAGGGGUCUUUGGCCAAAGGCCAGGCUAGACCUCCGUGGAUACCUGCUUUUGGCCUUAUCUCUGCCUACCAAGGCCAGUACUCAAAGGGUUAACAUUUAACCUUUUUAGAAAGGCUGUUGGGGUUCAUCUUUGGAAGUGUUCUUUGAUGGUGGCCCAUUCCUUUGGGUAUGGUAACCUAGGCAGUGGGAGGCAGACAGAAGGAUAGGACCUGCGGGAAGAGGGGGUCCUCAGCCUUUACCAGAUCUGCAACCUCUUGGGAAAAGGGUACUUUCCUACCGAACCCCCCCCCCCAGACACUUUCUCUUCCCAAACCCAAAUGUCCAUUCUUUUAUGUCCAUUCCAUUCUCUUUGGCCACAACUCAGGUGGCAGAUCUGAGACAAGAAGUUUCAGAGAUGGACAGAGAACACUAUUUUGGGUUGCAGUUUUUUUUUUUUUUUUUUUUUUUUUGUACAUAAGAAAACCCCAAAUUAUCCAAAGAUGACUCCCUUGCCUUUGACUUCCCAGUGUGACUUGAGGAGGAAACAAGGCCUUAGUUGUGAUUCCUAGGGGCUCGGGAGCGGGUCGCGGCCUUCUACUGCCUGGGUCUCUCUAUUUAUGUAUUUAAGUUCACAAUGUUCUCAUGCUAACCAGCCAGGGCCUGAGCUUCUCACGUGCUGCGUUCAGGCCUGGAUCACUCUGCACCUUUUGUGGGACGGGGGGCUCCGAGUUCUCCUUCCCAAUACUCAGGCCCCUUCAGGGCCAAGGCCCUGUGAUGUGACUUUACUUUUUAUUCCCAGAGUUGUAGCAGAGUUCUCACCUACAAUAAAGGUUGUGAAUGUUC